AUGUACAGCUGGUAUAAGUUAUAUAUCUCCUGUAUAUAGUGAUAUGGACCAUGCAUGAGAUGAACUUCACAAACCUUCCAUUUUUAGGUGAUAUAUGAACAUAGAACAUGAUCCUCCCAGGAUGGGGUAAUUUAAUGACACCUUCCCAUUUAGAUGGGAUAUUUUUCUCCCUUCAUACAGGACCACAUAGGGGGAAGCCCUAUGGACAGUCCUCGGAAUUUUUCCCCAAGUGCAGCGGCUCACUUCUCAUUUGCCUCUUCUCGCAGCAGAACAGAUGGCCGCCGCUGGUCUCUCGCUUCUCUUCCAUCAUCCGGAUAUGGGACGAAUACUCCAAGCUCUACUGUUUCGUCCUCCUCCUCUUCUCAGGAACGCCUUCACCAGCUACCAUUCCAGCCCACUUUGGACGAGCUCCACUUUCUAUCCAAGCAUUUCGGCAGUACAGAGAGUAUCCCUGAUGAUGACGGUCGUAGGUCCCCUGCGGUCCGGCCACGAUCUCGAAGUUUAAGCCCUGGCCGGUCACCUUCCUCUUACGACAACGAAAUCGUGAUGAUGAACCAUGUGUAUAAAGAGAGGUUCCCCAAGGCCACAGCUCAGAUGGAGGACAGGCUCCGCGUAUUUAUCUCCAACUUUUCUCCUGAAAACGUCCUGCCCCUGGCCGAUGGCGUCCUGAACUUUAUCCACCACCAAAUUGUGGAGCAUGCCAGGGACUGCCUGACACGGAGCACCGAGGGGAUGAUCACCAGUCCCUACUUCUACCAGCUGCAGGAUAACCUGGACAAGCUGCUGCAGGACGUAAGAUGCCAGGGAGAGGGAGAGGAAUGA